GCUUAAUAGAACAAUAGAGUAACCUUGGAGUGGAGAUAAGAAACGCCCUAACCUUUCGAAUAGAAUUGAUAGGAUUAAAAUCAACUGGUAUAAAUACAAAUGUAACAAGACAAUAAAGACAGAACUUGGAUCGAUCAACGAGGUGGCAUCAGCUGGUUCGAGGCGAUUCGAGUAUGAUAGAGGUGGUUUGCAACGACCGUCUGGGGAAGAAGGUCCGAGUGAAGUGCAACACCAAUGACACCAUCGGGGACCUGAAGAAGCUGAUCCCCGCCCAGACGGGGACCCGUUGGAAUAAGAUUGUGCUGAAGAAGUGGUACACGAUCUUUAAGGACCACGUUUCUCUGAGCGACUAUGAGAUCCAUGAUGGGAUGAACCUGGAGCUUUAUUACCAAUAAAGCAGAACUCCUUCCUCGUGCCCAGUUCCCCCCCGCCCCUCUCCUCCCGCUCUCAGCCCCAGCACUGGUAUGGAUGCUUGUUUUUAAAAAGUCAUGUUAAUAAAAACGUAGAACAGGAAGAAGAAGAAAAAAGACAGAACUUGGCUGGAGAUCCUGGAGAGAGAACAUCGCUAUGAUGAUCAACUGAACGCUGCCUCCGUGUCCUUCCUUCUUCGCCGACUCCGUCCACACCUAUGGGAACCCCUGGACCUGCUGGGGAUGGACCCCAACAGCAGUGGUGGUGGGAAUGGAGAAAAUGAGAUUCAAAACUUGCUCAAGAAAUAGGAUUUGGCCCUAACCGGUUUGGCUCAAUGGACAGAGCAUUGGCCUGCGGACUGAAGGGUCCCAGGUUCGAUUCUGGUCAAGGGAGUGUGCAGGAGGCAGCUGAUCGAUGUUUCUAGCUCUCUAUUCCUCUCCCUUCCUGUCUUUAAGAAAUCAGUAAAACAUAUUAAAAAAAAAAAUAGGAUUUGUUUGUGCAUUGGACCUGGAGACAGAGAAAUUAAGAAUGACACUCAGGUUUCUGACUGAGCCAGUGUACAAAUGAGGGUGCCAUUUGUCAAGGUGGAGAAGAUUGAGGAAAAAGCAGGCUGCUGAGGCAGGGGAGUUGAAUAAGGACCCUAUGGCCAGCAUUUCUUUCCUGCAAUAUUAGUGCUCUGCUGAGCUGGGGCAUCAGUUCCCUAAAUAGCAUCUCUAGCCACAAAGAACAGCUGAAGUGAGCAGUAAGGGAAGUCAUUGGGAGAGUGAUUGUAAGGGCCUUGUCCAGCAAAGGCAGGACAUGGAGGGAUGUCAGCACUUCCUGGUCAGAGUCCUGGUCCAUCCUUUGGCAAGCCCAGAAGCCCCAUUUUACCUAUGUGCAAAUUUGUAGUCAUCCAAAGCUUCUCACCCCCUUCACAGCCCCCACCAGGUGGAGGAAACAGCUACAUGGUGGUCUUUAACCUUCCUAGCUCUGACUCUUGAUAGGCAUCCUCACAAAAGGCUGGUUAGCAGAUCAGAUGAGGCCAUUGAGGCCUUACAUCAGGGGUCCUCAAACUACGGCCCAAGGGCCACAUGCAAAUACAAAUAUUGUAUUUGUUCCCGUUUUGUUUUGUUUUUUUACUUCAAAAUAAGAUAUGUGCAGUGUGCAUAGGAAUUUGUUCAUAGUUUUUUUUAACUAUAGUCCGGCCCUCCAACGGUCUGAGGGGCAGUGAAAAAGUUUAAAAAGUUUGAGGACCCCUGCCUUACAUGAAUCACACAGCUAGUAUGUUAGCUGAGGUGAAAUCUAAACCCAAGUGUACCUGGCUCCAGUUUAUUAAUUCUCAUUGAGAAACCUACCUGUCAAGCAACCCAAGAAGUUUGUUGGAAUGCUCAGGACGUUCUUCCUUGUAGUGGUGUCAGUUUCUGAUUAGAGCUGAUUAGAGCAUGGAAGUCAGAGCACACGAGUGAGUGGAUCAUCUCUGACAGCCUGUUUCCUUGGCUCACCUGCCGAGUAGCCCAACCACUUGAGUUUUCCAGGCUGAAAUGGGCAGUGCAAGCCCACUUUACUUCUCUUAAUGGGAAGUUUGUAGACAUAGAACUGAGUCAGAAACCCCAGAGUCAUCUAGUUUGGUUUGCUCAUUUUACAUUAAGAAGGAACUGGCCCAGAAAGGGAAAGAGAUUUACCCAGACACCACCCUGCUAAAGUCCUUACAGUGUGUGCUGGGUCCUUGGGGUACUACCUGACUCUGAGCUUCAUGAAGGCGGCACCAAGCACUGUACCUGGUACAUGUUCGGUAUCAUUAUUUGCUACCACUGAUCAAGCACUUCUUUGUACCAGGCACAAGGUUCAUAGCAUUUAAUUCUCAUAGCAGUCCCAUGAGGUGGGUAUCUGUCCAUAGCGCUAGUAAAUGACGGAACCAGCCAGUGAGAGAAUGAAGGCAGAGGAAGGAAGAAAAAAUAAUGGUUUCUGUCCUUGGGGCUUUAGCCUGAUGCCACCUGUUCCUGACUGGU